AGCUCCUCCCACUGCGGCCCGCCGGGGCGACUGCGCUCGCGCGGCUGCUGAGUGGCCGGCUCCCUCCUUGACGUGGUCCUGGCUCGGAGCUGUUGAGGGGCUUCGGAGUCGCUUUGUUUUCAUUGGGGCCCAUCACAUGAGAUCAGGUUAUAGAGUUGUGAAAUGAGUGACUCAGAAGAUGACGAUAUCCCCCGGCUCUCCUACCACACCUUAGCAGCUCUCCAGGAAUUUUAUGCUGAACAGAAGCAACAAACUAGCCCAGGGGGGGAUGAUAAGUAUAACAUUGGAAUAAUAGAAGAGAAUUGGCAACUGAGCCAGUUUUGGUACAGUCAGGACACGGCUUUGCGACUUGCACAGGAAGUGGUUGGAGCUAUUGGAGAAGGUGGCAGAAUAGCUUGUGUGAGUGCCCCCAGUGUUUACCAGAAGCUCAGAGAACUGCACAGAGAAGACUUUACGGUAUACAUCUUCGAAUAUGACAAACGAUUUGCAAUGUAUGGAGAAGAGUUUAUUUUCUAUGACUACAAUAAUCCAUUGGAUUUACCAGACAAAGUUGUUGCACAUAGUUUUGACAUCGUAAUAGCAGAUCCUCCAUAUCUUUCUGAAGAAUGUCUCAGAAAAACAUCAGAAACCAUCAAGUACCUGACUCGGGGCAAGAUUCUGCUAUGUACAGGUGCCAUCAUGGAAGAACAAGCAGCAACACUCCUUGGAGUGAAGAUGUGCAAGUUUAUUCCACAACACACCCGGAACUUGGCAAAUGAGUUUCGUUGUUAUGUGAAUUAUGAUUCUGGGCUAGACUCUGCAACUUAGGUACUGAUAGUAAUACAACACAGCAAAGGACCCAUGUGACAUUUUCCUCUUUUUAUUUUAUUAGUAGAUUGAAAAGUUAUAAUCUCCCUCCACCACAGCUUGAUAAUUUUCAAAAUAAAAGGUGCAAACUCUCA